AUGUGCCCGACACCCGACGCUGAGGUCAAUGGCAGCAAUGGUGUCAAUGGCCAUGCUAACGGCGAACACAACGGCUACAGGUGAGUGGCAUCCACGAGAUCAAUACCGUAUUGCGACAGCACUAAUCCUGCUCACCGCUCCAGCGCAUUCAACACCCGUCAAGCCUCACGACCCGCCUCUAGCAACCCAUACGCACCCGUGCAGGACUACCUGAGCAAUGUCGGCAAUUUCAAGAUCAUCGAGUCUACCCUGCGAGAGGGCGAGCAGUUCGCCAACGCCUUCUUUGACACCGAGACCAAGAUCAAGAUCGCCAAGCUUCUAGACGAUUUCGGCGUCGACUAUAUCGAGCUCACCUCGCCCGCUGCCUCGGAACAAUCGAGACUGGACUGCGAGGCCAUCUGCAAGCUCGGAUUAAAGGCCAAAAUCUUGACGCACGUGCGCUGUAAUAUGGAGGAUGCCAAGCUGGCUGUUGCAACUGGUGUCGACGGUGUCGAUGUGGUCAUUGGCACCAGCAGCCACCUCAUGCAACACAGCCAUGGCAAGGACAUGACAUACAUCAAGAACACCGCAAUUGAAGUCAUUCAAUUCGUCAAGUCGCAAGGCAAGGAAAUCAGAUUCAGCUCCGAGGACUCCUUCCGAAGCGACCUGGUCGACCUUCUCACCCUCUACCAGGCCGUCGACAAGGUCGGCGUGCACAGGGUUGGAAUUGCGGAUACUGUCGGUUGUGCCACUCCCCGUCAAGUCUACGACCUGAUCAGAACUCUCCGCGGCGUGGUGAGCUGUGAUAUUGAGACACACUUCCAUAAUGACACCGGGUGUGCCAUUGCCAACGCCUACUGCGCGCUAGAAGCCGGUGCCACUCACAUCGAUACCUCUGUCAUCGGUAUUGGCGAGCGAAACGGCAUCACCCCUCUUGGUGGCCUAAUGGCUCGCAUGAUUGUCGCGGACCGUGAUUACGUCAAGUCCAAGUACAGACUGGAGAAGAUCAAGGAGAUCGAAGACGUGGUUGCCGAAGCCGUCGAGAUCAACGUGCCCUUCAAUAACCCGAUCACCGGAUUCUGUGCCUUUACCCACAAGGCUGGUAUUCACGCCAAGGUAAGCAAGAUGACACUGCACUGUUUUGUCUUGUCCAUUGACACGCCUAGGCAAUCCUGAACAACCCUUCCACAUACGAGAUCAUUACCCCUUCGGACUUCGGAAUGAGCAGAUAUGUGCAUUUCGCCUCAAGACUCACUGGCUGGAAUGCCAUCAAAUCUCGCGCCGAGCAGCUCGGUCUGCAAAUGACUGACGCUCAGAUCAAGGCUGUCACUCUCAAGAUCAAGGCUCUUGCAGACGUGAGGCCCCUCGCCAUCGACGAUGCCGACAGCAUCAUCCGCAACUUCCACUUCAACCUCAGUGCCGAUAAGGAGAGGCCGCUUCUCCAGCUGAGCAACGAGGAAAAGAAGAAGUUCGUCCAAGCGGAGAAGGAUCUCAGCAAGGAACAGGAGAAGAGAGCACUCGAUGAGACUGCCGAUGCUCAGGCCGAAGUUCCUGUCGCUAAGAAGACCAAGACCACAACCGUGUCAUGA